GCUAAUUGAUAUUCUGGAGAUACACUUGGCAUAUCAAAAUGAGGCUCCUCAAAUUGGCCGUGGCUUCACUUGCCUUGCCAGUGGUUCUAGCUUCCCCGGCUACUAUACCCAAAAUUGAAAACGAAGUACAGAAAGACGACGGAGGAAUCAGCGAUCCCGCCGAAUUGAUUGUAGAUGCCAAAGCUAAUAGCAACGACAACAACAUCAACAAAAAUGACAGUGGUAAUCUGCCAGACUCAGCGAUUUCUAACAGCGAAAAACUGCAAGAGGAUACGAAGAAAAAGACAGACGAACAGGAAGGAGAAACCAAUGAUUCAAUCCAAAUGCCGUCGCAAUUGACGAUGGCUGAUUUCGACUCCUCUACCAGUAAACAAUUGUCAUUUAUUGAGUUUUACUCACCCUACUGCCAUCACUGUAAAGCUCUAGCUCCAAUCUGGGAGAGGGCAUAUAAAAGUAUCUAUCCCGAGUUGGCCAAGUUGAACAUCCAGAUGAGACAAGUGAACUGUGUAGAAAGUGGAGAUUUGUGUGAAAGAGAGGAUAUUGCUUACUAUCCCAACUUGAGAUUGUAUGCUCCAGCCAGAGAUAAGAAGACCGGAGAGUUGAUUCCAGGUAAGCUGAAAGACGUAGACGGCUUUCCUCGUUCGCUUACCAGAACAUCAGAGAACUUCGUCAAGUACUUGAAAAAGUCUGUUGCAGAGUACAAUGCUGGAGAAAUUGAUAUGGACAGUGCUUCGGAGUUAAUUUCCACUGAUGCUAUGCUUGAUAUCAUGGCUGGAGACAUUUCUGAACCACACUUCGUCACUUUUUUUCCAGCUACCGAUAAGCAAUGGACAACAACUGAAUCGACGGGAAAGAGCCAGUUCGACAAAGCCUGCUAUGACUGCAACGAAGUAAAGCAAUUGUGGGACAAGUUGUCCAACCAUGUGUUACUGGUAACUAAGACUGGCCAUUUCAAUUGCCAGUCGAAUCCUUCAAUCUGUAAGCUGUUGGGUUUCAGUGAGUUGUCCAAAGUAAACUCUAAGUAUUUACCAAAGUUUGCUAUGUUUUUGCCUAAGAGAACAGGAAAGAUCAGAUUCGACUACAACGGAGAACUCUCUAUUCCCAAGAUGAAGUCUUUCGUUACGAGGUUGUUUGAGAACUCUCAAUACGAGUCGUUAUCUGCUAGAGGGUUGGCUGAUGUUAUGAGCUACAGAAAAUCUUUACCAGCUGAACCUUUGGAAUCGUAUCCAAAGGAUGGCGUAGUUUCUAUAGUGUUUUACUACAACGAGAAGACGAUAACGGAAGAAGACAGAGCCGUUCUUCCUUAUUUGUUGGACUAUGUCACCAAGUCCCCAUUCAAUGUCAAGUUGUAUACUUCUAAACAAGACAAGAUCGAGUCUAAUGUGCUUGUACAAGCAGAAAGUUUGGUUCAAUUCAUCAACUACGACCAUAACGAACCACAUAAACAGUUCAACAAGGCUAUGCAUUUGGCUACUACUUUGACUUCUAAGCCUACCUUGUUGGUAUUCAAAGACAAUUCGUUGAUCACCACUGUUUUUCAGAGCUUUGCGCCAGAAGAUAUCAGAAAUGAAAAGAAGAUCAAGGAAUUUAUUGAGGAUAACCAGUAUCCUUUAUACAACGAAUUAACACCAGAGCUUUUGCCAUACUACUUCAGUGACAAGACAGAAAAGAGAGCUGAUAAGAUAGUAGUAACGUUUAUAGAUUCCAACGACGCAGUAGCCACCAACAAGGCAAUUUUCAACAUGUCUCUUGCUGCGCACGAAUACAACUACUUGAAGAAAACGUUCUACUUUGACGAUCUCUUGAAGAAUAGAUCAGCUAAAGACAAAGUGGUAGCUAAAUUGAAACAACUGAAUGCUGACAGUCUCAAGAUAAUCGCUGCUAUGAGGAAGGAAAUCCCCCACCUUUUCACCAACAGUGAAGUUUUGUUCACUUACGUAGAUAUUUCUAAGAUAGACCAGUUCAAACACUCGGCAUUCAAAUUCAACCCAGACCACUACAAGCCCGGUGACUCUAUUGUCAUCAGUAAGGAUAACAGAUACUACUGGGACGAAAACACCCAGGGAGCCCAGUUGACCAACGAUCCACACAUGUUGAAGCCGGUUCUUCUUUCUCUAUUGGAUUCUUCUCGGGGACCCAGUAUCAAUACCAAGUUGGUGAGUAGUCCAUAUGGAGGUCCACUUAAUUUCAUGAACAAGAUCCAUGACAGAGGCUUCAUAGGAUACAUUGGCUUCUUUGCUUGCAUAUACUUUAUAGCAGUGAUAGCGAGAAGAAUCGUCAAACAGAGAAGAUUUGCUUCCAGACAGAGCCGAGGCAUAAUAGGAAAUAACGUUCCCAAAAAGGAUUAAUCCAGCGAUUACUCACUAUAAUAAUGAAUAGCUAUUCCCAGUAAGCUCUACCAGCUAUCCACUGUGCUCUAUAGCCAUAGUACUGGAGUAAUCUAUAUAACAAGUUAACUAAUAUAGUACACAUCAUGUCCCAAUAUAACUAAUUUAACAUC